CAGACAAACCAGGAACCAAACAAAUUUGAGCGAGGAUGUAAAAUUUGGAUUCCUUUUAAUUUUUAAUAAUAGUAUUUUACAAUAUUCUUCUUGUCUUAUAAAUCAAAUGUAACUAAAUGUUGGAAAUAUAUUCUAGAAAAACGUUUCCGAACUUAUCCAGUAGGCACAAACAACUUGCUUGGAGUUCUAUAUUGCAGUAUGAACAAUUUUAGAGAACAUGAUAUUUGUAUAAACUAUCCACAAAUUUGUCGAGCUUGCUUUGAAUCAAGAGAUCUUAUUUUAUUUGAGAAACAUCACUAUAUAUGGAGAUCUUUUGAGAAUCUAACAAAUUUUCAGUUCUUACACUUAGACAAUAAUCCUAGUUACAUAUGUCUCGGGUGCAUUCAAAAGUUAAAGGAUAUACACACUUACGUCGAUUUAUGUAGAGCCAACGAGAUAGCACUAAAAGAAUAUAUCUUCAAAAAGUUACCAGUUAAAAUGUCACUGUCUCCCCCAAACACACAAGAGGUCAAAUGUGAAGGAAGAAGUACAAAUACAAAUCAACUUCAUGAGCUGAUAUCACUGCAAAAAGAUCAUUCGCCUAGUCAUUCCAACGUUGUCAAAAAUGAAUGUGUCACAGAAGAUUUAAAUUCAUAUAUAGAUGAAGCGUCUAGUCCAGUUUCUGACGAAAUAGGACAUCCAUUUUUGAGUAUGAAAAGUAAUGAGUGUUAUGAACCAGCUUGGAUGCGCGAAACCCAAACCCAUUCCUUUGACGAAGAAGAGCCACUGAUGGAUCUAUUAAAACUUGGGAAUAUGUCAUCAAAGGACAAAGAAGCAUCCAGACCUUGGCAUUGUGAGUUCUGCUCCAAAUCCUUUCAUUUAAAACAUCACCUCAUUGGCCACUUAAAAACCCAUUCGGGAGAAAAGCCAUAUCAGUGCAUAGUAUGUUUAAGGCCUUUCGCAGACAGAAGUUCAAUGAACAGGCACACUAAAACACACACAGGCAUCAAGCCGUUUUUAUGUAGGAUAUGUGGCCAUUCGUUUUCCGAAAAGUAUUAUUUAGUAAUUCAUAAUAGGAGUCACUCGGGAGAGAAACCGUAUAGUUGUGAGGUUUGUUCCAAAAACUUCACUAGGAAGGAUACGUUAAACAUGCACUUAAAAACUCACACUAAAGAGAGACCUUACUCGUGUGACAUAUGUAAAAAAACUUAUUCGUUUAAACACCAUCUUGUGAUACAUCGUAGAAAUCACAGUGGCGAAAGACCUUUUCAGUGUGUGACUUGUACUAAAGCUUUUACAGAUAGAAGUUCUUUUAAUAGGCAUAUUAAACUAUAUUGCAGGGUGAAUACUAAUGGUAUUAACUGUAAGUCGGAACAAUUAAAUGAACGAGGAAUUGUAGAUAAAAUUGAACCAACUGAUUAUGUUCAUGUUAAUAUUGAAUCAACUACAUCCUAAUCCAUUAUAUCUCUACCAGAUACAGUCUUUACUUAACUCUUGCUAAACCUUUCAAUAGAUCACCAAUAUUUUUAGACUAUUUAGCAACGAUUUUUUAAUCUUUAGUUGACUCCAUCUAUCUACUGUCCCUCGAAAUAAUUUAAACAAAUACCACAUUUACUCCAAACAAAUUAAUAUAUUUUUUACCACCAAAAAUGAGAUGUUUUAACCAAAUAAUGCUUCAAAUAUAAUGUGUAAAAUAAUUUUGAAUUUGGUUCUGCUAAUAAACUUGCUUUUUUUGCCCUUAAAAGUAAAAAAAAAUUAAUUUUUCUUGAUUUAUAUUUAUUGUCUAAUACUUUUAACUGUACUAUGAAAUAUGCAAGUGUUUACAUUAAGGGCGUAUGCGCAAAAUUUCGCGCCAAUGUGUUAUGCAUUCAUUUUUAAUCGUAUCCUGAGAAACCAAAUUAUAAUUAAUAAUGCAUUAUUACCGAGGGCUGAAAGUCCCUGGAAACUUCUAUAUUGUUUAUUUUAAUAAGUUACAGGGGUGAAAAAAAGAGAAAAUUUAGUGUGAUAUUAGUUUUCUCAGGAUUCGAAAAAAAUAAAUGCGUUUAAAACACAUUGGCGCGAAAUUUUGCUCCUACGUCCGUUCCAAAUUACUAAUUUACAACUUGUUAUAAUAGCGGCUAGUUCUUAUCUGGUAAUUCUUAUUUUUAAAGCGGCUUCUUGAAUUUCUUAAACAUUUAUACCAAACAUUUAUACCGCCACUUGUUUGGAUGGGCAUAGAAAUAUGGAGGCGACUUUACUUUCUUUUAUAGCAAACAUUUGUUUAGUCUUUGUCGUUUUCGAGCAUUCCUUGAUUUACAUCUUUAAUUUUUUUUCCUUCGAUUUCAUGUUUAGGUAACGUUCCACAGAAUUUUAUUUAGUUUUAGUCUUCUAGAAAGUUAAUUUUUUUAGUUUUCCUAAUGUUCUCUUCUUACUUAUUGUUUAAAUCUAGUCAGUUGGCAAUUACUUCUUUAUAAAUUAGAUUUGCACUUGCGUGUUUCUUGUUUAUAAAAACACUUUUACUUUUUUUAUAAGCUUUAAUUUUAUUAAUAUUUAUUUUAGUUUUAUAAUAUUCUUAAUUAGUCACUCUUGUAAAAAAUAAGAUUGAUAUAUUAUCAAAUAUAAUUUUUUAACUAAGUA